AUGCCCUUUCCUCGAACGUCCUUCCCACGUCUAUUUGCCCUGUGCAUCCUAUUUUUCGUUAUGGUCCAUGCAGCGAUAGCCAGUCCGUUGGUUCGCCGCACUGUUUUUACAGAUGACCGAGUUGAACACCUAGCCCUUACUAUUGUUCGCUUCCCGACAGCCGGUGGCAGACCCAUCGCGCCGGAAUUUCCCUUUGAGUCGAGACUCCAAGAAUCUAUUUCUUCCUCCGAAAUUUUGAGGCUUUGCAUUCACACACUGUGUUUAUCCCCCGAGGUAGAUACAGCUGGGAAACUCGAAAUAAAAGAGAGUACUUGGUCACAGAUAGAGGCUACAGAUGCUUUGACACUCGGGUGGGUCUCUUUCUAUGACAAAAGGGAGAGGGACAAGGUAGUGGAUACUGUGCGAAACCACGUUAAGCCGGAGUUCAAAAAUAGCUUCGAUUAUGUGGAAUCAGCGAUUGUACUUUUGAAGGGGAUGUCAAGAAAGUAUAUGUUCGAGCAGUGUCAGGGGAAGGUUAUCUGGGAAUCUUAUUGCAAAGCCCGCAAGGCGGCGGGUCGAAAUGGUACAUAG